AUGCCACGACUCCUUUUCUCUCCUUGCUAAUUCAAGACGGUACCUUCCCCUUACAAAAUCUCUGCCCCCCGGCGCAAACCGCCAUCCACCACCCGUCCAUCGCCUAUCUCUCACCCCGAGAAUCCUUACACAAUCUCAUAAGAAAACAUCAGUACAUCACCUUCAGUUUUGGGUCGAUCUCCUGAGUCCUGACUCUAGAUCUUGUCUGGUUACUCACCCGACAGAGCACAAAGGCAUACAGGCCCCUAUACUACACACAAAUAAUCCUGGUUCCACCACUGCCAUCCAUGGCAGUGGCAACUAUUCUCCUCCUCCUCUCUUCUGUCUUCAUUUCUUCACAAGCUCAUCUACAGUUACUGGCAGACCCAAACGAGUCCUUUACAUCAAUCCUCAUAUCCCAACAGGGCCUCGAUUUUGUGAAGAAUUUGCUCAUCAGCAAAGCCAUCUUGUCAAUGAUCCCCCUCAAGCUGCCGAGAAUUGAAGAAUCUGCCAAAUUUCCAUUUCUUGGCAAUGUCCAUAUGGUACUAUCAAACAUCACAAUUUACAAAAUCGAUGUUUUGUCAUCUUAUGUUAAGCCUGGUGAUCAUGGGAUCACCAUUGUUGCCUCAGGGGCUACUUGUAACUUGAGUAUGAAUUGGCAUUAUUCUUAUAGUUCUUGGCUUCUUCCCCUUGAGAUUUCUGAUAAAGGCAGUGCUUCAGUUCAGGUUGAUGGCAUGCAAGUGGGACUUACAAUAGGCUUGGAGAACCACGGAGGAACUUUAAUGUUGUCCCUUAUGGACUGCGGUUGUUAUGUGACAGAUAUCUCUAUUAAAUUGGAUGGAGGAGCUUCUUGGCUUUAUCAAGGGAUGAUUGAUGCAUUUGAAGGGCAGAUAGCAUCUGCAGUGGAAAAUGCUGUUGCCAAGAAACUUAAGGAAGGAAUUUUAAGGCUUGACUCAUUUCUGCAAGCUCUUCCAAAAGAAAUCCCAGUGGAUGAUAAUGCUUCCCUGAAUGUUACUUUUAUAGAUAAUCCUUUAUUGAGCAAUUCUUCUAUUGGAUUUCACAUCAGUGGGCUAUUUACAAGAAGGAAAAAUGUUCCAGUGACUAAGCGCUACCAUCAGAGUUUUCAUCCAUCAGUUUUCUGCAAAGAUCAAUCAAAAAUGCUUGGAAUUUCAUUAGAUGAAGCUGUUUUUAACUCUGCGGCAGCAUUAUACUAUGAUGCAGCAUUCAUGCAGUGGAUUGUGGAUAAAGUACCAGAUCAGUCACUUCUAAACACUGCUGGAUGGCGAUUUAUCAUCCCUCAACUGUACAAAAAAUACCCAAAUGAUGAUAUGAAUUUGAAUGUUUCUUUGUCUUCUCCUCCAGUCAUAAGAAUUUCCGAACGAAAUAUAGGUGCUACUGUUUAUGCAGAUGUGAUAAUUGAUGUGGUGGAAGCUGGCCAAGUAAUACCUGUUGCAUGCAUUUCACUGGUGAUUCGUGGCUUGGCAUCGGUUAAAAUCAUCGAAAACAACCUUGCUGGUAGUGUAAAAUUGGAUGACCUUGCAAUGUCAUUGAAAUGGAGUCAAAUUGGCAAUCUACGGAUGUAUCUGAUUCAGCCUGUUAUGUGGACGAUCACACAAACUGUUGUUCUGCCAUACGCUAAUGCACAUCUUGGAAAAGGCUUUCCUUUGCCCAUCAUCCAUGGUUUCACCCUUCAUAAUGCUGAAAUAGUCUGCUCAAGUUCGAUGGUUACAAUUUGCAGUGACGUGACAUAUUCUGAAUCAAAGAAUCUUAGUUCAGCAUUGACACGCUUUGAAUAAAUUUGUAUUGUUAGCAAAGGAUAUAGAUUCUGUUUUCCCCUGUACAUGGUUGUGCCAUAUGUUCAAGAUAGAACUGCAACCCUCCCAGAUCAGAGGUUCCAUGUGUACGGUGUAAUUCAACCUUUGUAAUUGUUUAUGAAAGGCAUUCUCAUUGCAUGUAUAAUAUGUCAUGGAGCCUUUGGCAACGAAAAUUCUAGUUCGAUCUACUGAUAACAAGGGAUAGAAAUUUCUGU